AUGGCUGAGAGCCUUUCGGACGAGCAGAUCGCUGAGUUCAAGGAGGCCUUUGCUCUCUUUGACAAGGACGGAGAUGGCACCAUCACCACAAAGGAGCUGGGCACCGUCAUGCGCUCGCUGGGGCAGAACCCGACCGAGGCGGAGCUGCAGGACAUGAUCAACGAGGUGGAUGCGGACGGCAACGGGACCAUCGACUUCCCAGAGUUCCUCAACCUCAUGGCACGGAAAAUGAAGGACACUGACCACGAAGAGGAGCUGCGCGAGGCCUUCAAGGUGUUCGACAAGGACGGCAAUGGUUUCAUCUCUGCGGCUGAGCUGCGGCACGUGAUGACUAACCUGGGGGAGAAGCUGACGGACGAGGAGGUCGACGAGAUGAUCCGGGAGGCGGACGUCGACGGCGACGGCCAGGUCAACUACGAGGAGUUUGUGCGCAUGAUGUGCGCCAAGUGA